AAGGGUAUCCGAUGGAGCAAACCAUAUUUGUUGGAGACAUCUCAAAAUAGAAAACGUGCCUUAUUCUUCUCUAUAUAUAUACACACACAAACACUCGUUUAUAUAUAGCACAAACCUUCAUCUAGAUACACAAUAACCACAACAUGACUAAGCUCAUACUCAUCCUCGCCGCACAAAUCAUCAUCCUCAUGACCGCCGCCGUUGCUUCCCCUGGAGACUUCGCAAGAACCAUGGACGGGAAACACGUUGGCCUUUACAAAAACGAGAAACUCACUCAUCUCCGAGUCUAUUGGCACGACUCAACAACCGGUAGAAACCCUAGCUCCGUCAUAAUCCAACAACCAGUCUUCAACUCUUCGGUAUUCGGAUUGAUCACCAUGAUGGACGAUGCACUGACAUUGGACAUGCCGAGGAAUUCGACUGUGGUGGGCCAAGCCCAAGGGAUGUACGCAGGAGCGGCCCAAAGAGAGGUUAGUUUCUUGAUGGUGAUGAACUUUGCUUUCACUACAGGGAAGUACAACGGAAGCACGAUCACGAUUCUUGGCCGGAACACGGUGACCACGAAGGUUAGGGAAAUGCCAGUGGUCGGAGGUAGUGGAAUGUUUCGGUUUGCUAGAGGUCAUGUGGAGGCUCGCACGAAGUUUUUCGAUACCAAAUCCGGUGAUGCCACUGUCGAGUAUAAUUGUUACGUCUUGCAUUACUGAAAUAGUAUAAGUUUGGAAAUGCUCAUUUGAUUUCGUUACGAAAGUAACAACAUAUGCAUAUUUUGCUUCGUUAUGUCUUCUUUGUGAGCUGUAGUGUGUUAUUUGUCUUCUCCGGUCCCAACUUAAAUAACGUGUUUACUAUUGUAAUGGUUUGAUUUCAUCUAUAAUAAAAUAAAUAAGAAAAGUAGUUUGGUUUUGGGUCAAA